UUCUUAGUAGAGGAUGCCAUCUUGUCUCCUUCUCCUGCUACUAUGACCCCUGACGUAUUCAGACACGUGAUCCAAUGUGAGUCAGUUACGUCAUGGCCAAGAUGGCAGCCUCAGUGGUGGUAGAAAGCGGAGAGGAUGUUUUCAGAAAAAUGUUUAAGUUUUAUAAAAGAAGGGAUCCGCCUCCAGACUUAAGGGAAGUGACGGACUUCAGCAGCGGAGCAGCAUCAGGAGGAAAGAUUGUUCCAGUAAAACUGGAUCCAGCUGCUGUGAGUGAUGAAGAGGCUGCCUGUGUCGGUUUGCAGCCCGUCAGAAACUGGAGAGCUUUCGGACUGCAGGGAUACCCAGGCUUUAUUUUCAUCUCCAAUCCUUUCCUGCGGGGCUCCCAAGCUUUCUGGGUUAGGCAAUGUUUGAAGACAUACCCUCAGAAACCGAACGUGUGCAACCUGGACAUGCACAUGUCACCCUCUGACACACAGGACAUCUGGGCCAGGAGUGUGCAAGCUCUGAGAACUCCCGCUUCUGUAAAGAGACAACCAAAAACUCUACUAGAGAGGUUGCGCUGGGUAACCCUGGGAUACCAUUACAACUGGGACACUAAGGUGAGCUUGCAGGUUUACUUUAGAACGGCGGUUUUCAAAGUAAAGACCCCCACUGCAAUGUUCAUGCACAGCGGAGAUGUGAUGUUGAUGUCAGGACAGAGCCGGCUGCUGUAUCAUGCUGUCCCGCGGAUUCUUCCGGCUCUGCCACAGUGUGCGACUCUUUUAGAAGAGCUCAGCUGUGCCUCAGCCCUGCAGACGGGCAGCGUCCUGGAGCCGGUGUCUCAGGAGGAUUGGGAUGUGUGUUCCAGGUACAUUCAAAGCUCCAGAGUGAACGUGACUGUCAGACAGGUGUUGGGACCUGGACAGCGCUUCCCAGAGGAACCAAAGUCCGCACUCCAACCGAGGGAUGAGGGCCAGACGGUCGGGUGUCAUGACGAUGGAAACAGUGGGAAAAGGAAGAGGACAUGCAGUGACCCUGUGGAGACGAUAGAGACAUGAAAGACCCACAGAGCUUUUUAUAUUUCAGGAAAGCCACUUCUGAAAUGUAAUUUUUCAGACAGUAAAAUUAAAAGGUGUUUCAGAGUUCUCAAAAGGGUUCUGAAAUUUAAUUCCUAACUUACGAAAACUGUCUGCAUGCUGAACAAAGCAGCUUAAAGGGAUAUUUAUUUUUUUAAUGUGGAUUUUAAAGUUGCAGAAAGCCAAGUUUAUCACUACAGAAUCAACCAAUGACUGAAAUGCUUCUCUGGUGCUGUUCAGCUCACUUCCAUGGAUGAUAAGUUUUUACUACUGAUUUGUGAAAGAGAAGUCUUGAAGGAAGAAAUUGCAGAAAUCAUUAGGUUUAUUUGUGUAAUCAAAUAUUUAAUGUAGACUGUAGUAAAACUGAGUGAUGAUUAUUUGUUUGUGUAUGCUGCAAUAAAUGAGAAGCUUUGAGAUGCA